GCGUUCGCACCAAAUAUUUAACCUUAAGCGUUAUUGUGACUCUUCGGAAGCAAACCGCGUUUCAUUCUCGAGUUACAAAACCAAAAACAGUAUUUAAAUUGAUCAGUCCGAGUAGUUGCACUCUUAUCGAUAUUGACGCGAUCAUUGACGCCAUUCCUCUACACGGAUUUACAAGAAUAAAAAUAAAAUAAAUAAAAGUUAAACUUCAGACAUUGUUACAAAAGAGAUUGCUUCAAAAAUAAUGAAAAACAUGCUAUCUACACAUCAACAACUAACACCAAAUAAUCGCUAUGCUGUCAUCAUCGCGAUGCCCGCCAUAAUCUAUGCUCUGCUCUUCACACUGCCAAGCACCCUCGCCGGUGGGUAUACAAUCAAUACAGAUAAGCUCUCAAAGCCCACCUCAGCGAUGGCCUCCAAAGUUCUAUUUCACAGCCCGUUAUUGGCAAAUAUUUACAAAGAAAUGAUUGUAUCGUCGAAACCACUAAGUCUGCGCAAAUACGGCAAUGGUUCCAAGGUGAAAAAAACAAAAAAGGAUUCUAAAAUUUAUUACAUACCAAUACCUCCAAUGCCAUACCGCUAUAUUCCCGGAGUAGGCUUCGAUUACCAGCCCAUGAAAAUUAAACCUAUAGUACAGGAAGAAGCGUUGCCAUCAAGUGGUAUGAAUCCUUUAAAUGAAGCAGCGCAUACGAGUUCGUCGAAUGCAGGAAAAGUAGCCACCACCGUAGAUCAGCAUACCGCAACGAACCAGAAUACCAAAAAUAACUGGCAUAGGCCAGUAGAUAAUGGGAGCACAAACUACAAAGUUUCGAAUAGAAAGGAAAUUGACAUAUUGGCAAAUAGACCGCUAGACUUUAUAGGCGCCGACAGUAAACUCUAUCUCAUGGAUCGCGGAAAUUAUUACUUCAGUGGGCGGCCAUUUAGACUGCAGGUGGCGCAUGCGCAACCAAAGAAUCAACUAACGUCACUUAAUCUUAAAUCAAAACUAUACUUUAAUAAAAAUAUUAUUUAUUAAAUAUAUUAGAUAUGACGAA